AUGUCUUCAACGUCUGUUGCUAAGCAAAUUUUGAAGGAAACAUUCCAAAAUACCACUAUAGAACAACUUGUUGGUCAAAAGAAAAACCUUCUCUCUUUUACUGCAGAUGAAACUAUUUCUCAUGCCAUACAACAACUUAUGAAGUGGGAUGUUCGUUCUGCUCCAAUUUAUUCGCACAAGGAAAAGACUCAAAAAGCUUCAGAAGUUCACUUUAUUGAUUUUAGUGAUAUUAUUGCUUUCAUGGUUGAUACUUACCGACAAGCUCUUGUUGAAAUGGCCAAUAUUAAUAAUACACCAGUAUCACCAAGAAAGAAUAUUACAAUUCAAUUACUCCAAAAUCAAGAAGUUGCUAAAGCUAUUUUGGAUACACCUGUGAUUAAAGUUGCUAAUUACUCUAAAAUGGAUGCUCAUGGAACUCUUACUUUAGCAGCCACUGCUAUGGAUGCUAUUCAACAAUUUGCUUUAGGUAAUAAGCGUAUUAUUAUUGAGGAUGAAGCUGGUAUGAUCAUUAAUGUUGUAUCACACUCCGAUGUUAUCAAAUUGAUGAAAGAAAUUAUUGAUGAAAAUGAAGGAAACACUGUUUUCAAUGCUACUUGUCAUGAAUUACAUUUAUCACGUGAAUUGAAAUGUUGUGCUGAUGAAAAUAUGCGUACUAUUGAUGUUUUUGUUAUGAUGUCCGAACAUAAGGUUAAUUUUGUGCCAAUUGUUAGUGAAGAAAAACAUUUGAUCAGUGUUUUAAGUUCUAGAGAUAUUCAAAUGGUUUCUGAAGGUGAAUUUGCUCUCCUUGAUUUACCUGUUAUUGACUUUUUAUCUGCUGUUCGUCAAAAGAGUGUCAAUGAAAAGUAUCCAUAUAUUUAUUGUAAGCCAGAUUCAACAUUGGAACUUAUCGUAAAGAGAUUGAAGGCAACCAGAGUUCACAGAUUGAUUGUAUUGGAAAAUCAAUUCCCAUCUGCAGUUGUGAGUACUCAAAGUUUGGUUAACUUGGUGAAUAGACCUUAA